AUGUGCCGGCCAAGAGCGGUCCGCCCUGUGAGCCAGUCCUCGCUGAUCCACAACUGGAAAAGGACCGAGUUGGGCGAUGAAUCGAGCCAGAAGUCGUCUGAAUCCGUGAGAAACUCCGCCCUCGUGACCUCCUCUCUUCACGGUAUUGUGUUCGAAUGUCCGGAAGUGAAGACGGCCCGAGAGAUCUCACCUCAACGGCCAAGUCCGCGAAUUCGCAAGGUCCACAAGAAGAUCGUAAAGAGCUAUGCGGAAAAACAACAUCUGGAUAAGCUGGUCCCUUCGAUAUACGGUGGAGUCGUGAUGGGAGUAGGUGUUCUUGUGUACCUCUGUGCUCUUACAUCAGGUUGCGUAACAAGGAAAUGCUUAUUUUAUUAUGUUUUGUCGCGGUUGGAAGUCUAGAUUGCCCUUCGGAAGGGUAGGGAAAGAGAUUGGGAAUAUUUAUAAGAAGACUUCAUUCUCUCAUGCUAUCUUUGUUGUCUUACCCGGUAUUUAUGCGGACUAUUUACAAACUUCCUAUUCCAUCUUUUAAUAUUUAAUUUGUUUGUGUCAUGUCAUCAUGACUAAUCUCUUCAUGAAUAUGCAAAUUUAGUCGUAUUUUUUUGUCUUGUAUUUAUUGAUUUACAUGCGUUUUGGGCCAUUCGCGGGCGACCAAUUUUUUAUGGACAUUCCGGAUGUGAGUUCCAUUGUAAAAGUUAUUACUUCCAGAUCCCUGCCAUUCUCUGGAAAGCCCCCAGACAUUUCAGUCAAUCAUGGCUCUGUGGACGGAAGAAACCUUCUUCCGCAUGUACAAUCAUCUCCUUGAUCCUGGCUGAACAUAUCUACAGACAGAAGGUUCUGUUGCCAACAGUUGAAAAGAACUCCCGGAUGAUCAGCCUGGAUAUGAGAGAUGACGUGCAAGAUAAAGCAUUUGUAGGUUUCUUAUUUUACGAUAAUUAAUGUAUUAGGAAUGCCCGAAACGACUGUUGAAUGCCUUAUCUAAUGCUAUAAUCGAUGGGAAUCACAUCUACGAGCAGACUCACCAGACCCACAGUUCCAACAAACGCACCUUCACUAUCCCGGAGGCCAUUAAAGCUACAAACGACAUGUGGUUUGAGGUCGAAUACUCUUGUGGCAUUGGCCCGUUUCAUCAGAACGUCACAAGAUACUUGUCAGCAGCUUUAAAUAGGUAAUCAACAUAUAAACAAUACACUUUUUUAGCCCGUUGACCCGAGAUUUUGAAGAGAUGUUUUUCCUGUUGUUGAUCUUCGAAAGGAGUGUGUUAUUGGUGUACCAAAGGUUUAACAAUACCAUUGCCAUCAUCGAUUCCCACACUCAUUUCGAACGGGGUAUGUCACAACUAUGAAAAGAGGAAAUUACCUUGUUUUAGGUGCUCUGAUCGCUUGCACAAACGCCGAUAAACUCGCUGAAUUUGGGGUUUUACUAUCAAGAGCUUUCUUCCCCGAGGCCUUCUUACUCGAGCCCCAACUACAUGUAAAACUACUGUCUCCUUGAUUAAAAUAUUGUUGUAGUCAUUUGAGAUCUCCCUGGUUAGAUUCCAUGGAGAACUGACGUCCAAUGACUGUGCCAACUGUAUUCAGCCAUGCAUUGCACUGGAGAAGGGUGAAACCAUCUUCCCACCUUCGGUUAGAGCCAAGAAAUCAAAGACUAAAAUACGGCCAUACCAGCUUGUGAGAGAGCAUUUGAAUCUCCAUUACAGAACGAUCCGCGAAGUCGUUUCUCCCACACUGACCGUCCCUGACUUUGUUUCUACUGACUUCUGA